AUGGGCGACUCCGCCACCCCAAAACCCGUCGCAGUCCUCUUCGUCUGCCUAGGAAACAUCUGCGUCUUCCAGUCCCUUGUCACCUCCUCUUCCCCCAGCACACAGCGCCUAAUCACCACAAUCGAUUCCAGCGGCACAGGCGCCUACCACGUCGGCGACGCCCCCGACCCGCGCACCAUGGCGACGCUUAAACAAAACGGCAUUACCAACUAUAAACACGCGGCGCGGAAGUUUGCACCAGCGAGCGACUUCGAGAAGUUCGACUAUAUCCUCGCCAUGGACGAUUCGAAUCUCGAGGACCUCGAGGACCUGCGGAGGCGAGCGGUGAAGAGAAAGGACGGUGAUGAGGGUUUUGGGAAGGUGAUGCUGUUUGGUGAGUUUGGAGGAAAGGUAAGGAGGAGCGGAAGAGGAGAGGAGGUACAGGAUCCGUACUAUGGGGCGAAUGAUGGGUUUACGACUGCGUAUGAGCAGGCGGUCAAGUUCUCGAAGGUGUUUCUGGAGAGGUUGGAGAGGGGAGAGUUGAGUUAG